GGCUGAAAAAGAAAGAGAAAAAGCAAGAAUCUUGGGGUUUGUUUGGUGAGUUGCUGUAAUUGGAAGGAGAAAAAUUCUGAACAUAUAUACUGUUUUUUUGUGUUUUGGUAAUUUUUGAAGAAUGCCCUUUUGGAUUUAGGGUGUUAAAUCUUUGUUGUUGAAGUUAUUUUGUGAAAAAGAUUGGAUUUUUUUGGUUUCUUGGCUUGUGGAUUCUGGUGGAUUUGACUUGAUUUUAAGUUUCUGUUUGGUUGGUGAACUUUUCCUUAUCUGAGGUUUCUUUUUCUUGAUUGUAUUUAGUGGUUUUAGGGUUUGGUUCUUGAUUUAUUAUCUGGUGCAAAAAGACUCAAUUUUUGUGCCAGUUAGGUCCUGUUUAGGAAUUAGUUUAAGUUUGGGAAAGUUGGAAUUGUUGAGCUCAGAAUGGGGAAGGAAAGUUGGAAAAAGUCGGAAAAGAUACGAGGUAAAUCUGGUGAAAAUAGUAGUCCUAGAGCAUUUGAUAAUGAUACAGCAGUUUUCAUUGCGAUGUCAAAGGAACUUAAGGAUGAGGGGAAUAAGUUAUUUCAGAAACGGGACUAUGAAGGGGCAAUGAUGAAGUAUGACAAAGCUAUUAAGUUGCUUCCGCGGAUCCACAUAGACGUGUCUUACCUCCGUAGUAAUAUAGCAGCUUGUUAUAUGCAGAUGGGACUCAGUGAAUAUCCUAGGGCGAUACACGAGUGUAAUUUGGCUCUUGAAGUCACACCGAAAUAUAGUAAGGCGCUUUUGAAGAGAGCUAGGUGUUAUGAGGCUUUGAAUAGGCUGGAUUUGGCUCAGAGGGAUGUUAAUAGGGUGCUGGAGAUGGAGCCAAAUAAUCUCAUGGCUACUGAGAUUGCUGAGAGGGUGAAAACAACCAUCGAGCAAAAAGGCAUCGGGGCAAAUGACGUUCCAAUAGAGUUGAUUCCGGUACCUGAAUAUGUUGAGCCACCUUUUGCUUCCAGUCACUCCAAAUCAUUAAAAGAGAAGGCUCUAAAGAAGAAAACCAAGAAAGUAGAGGAGAAGAUGGUUGAUGGGAAAGCGGAAGAGAAGGAAUUCAACAACGGAAUUGAUUUAAAGCAAAUUGAUAACAGGAAUGAGGAAAAGAACACUGAGGACCAGAAUGAAAAUACAGUUAAAGACGAGACUCAGGAAGAAAAGGUUGAUGACAAGAUGGAUGAAAAUAAAGCUGAGAACAAGACCAACAGAAAGAAAGCUAAGGAUAAGAGUAAGGAAAAGAAGAGUAAGGACAAGAUCAAGGUAAAUAAGGCACAGGAUCGGCGUGAGGAGAACAAAGACACGGACAAUGAGGAGAGGAGAACUGAAGAUAAAUUAGUGGUGGAGGAAAUUAUCAGUCAUAACACAGAAGAGGAAUCAAAACGAACAGUGAAAUUAGUAUUUGGGGAAGACAUAAGAUGGGCCCAAGUUCCUCUUAACUGCAGCAUCUUGACACUGAGGGAGAUCAUAGGCGAUCGUUUCCCAAACUUGAAAGCAGUCCUAAUCAAGUAUAGGGACCAAGAAGGUGACCUGGUUACAGUGACAACAAACGAGGAGUUAAGGUGGGCUGAAGCUUCUAUUGGACAUGGUUCUACAAGAUUCUAUAUCGUGGAAGUUAGUCCGGUGCAGGAUCCUUUCUACGAGAAAAUCAAAAGGGUGGGAGACGAUCAUAAAUACAGUGCACGACAUGAUAAGAUUGUUGAAAAUGGAAAUGUUGAAAGAAGCAAGGAGUUGCAUGACGGUCCAGUUUGCAUUAAUGAUUGGAUCGUCCAGUUCUCUAAUUUGUUCAAAAACUAUGUUGGAUUUGAGUCCGAUGAUUAUCUGGAUCUCCAUGAAGUCGGAAUGAAGCUAUACUCUGAGGCUUUGGAAGAGGCAAUCACAAGUGAAGAAGCUCAAUGCCUUUUUAACACAGCUGGAGAAACAUUUCAGGAGAUGGCUGCUCUGGCAUUGUUCAACUGGGGUAAUGUUCAUAUGUCCAGGGCACGGAAAAGGGUCUACUUGAAGGAAGAUAGUUCUGGAGAAUCUGUGCUUGCGCAGAUAAAAAUUGCUUAUGAUUGGGCUCUAAAAGAAUAUACAAAAGCAGGAGAGAGAUAUCAAGACGCAUUAAAUAUCAAACCAAACUUUUAUGAAGGUAUCCUUGCUCUGGGGCAGCAACAGUUUGAGCAGGCAAAGCUUUCUUGGUAUUAUGCGAUUAGCACUGGAGUCAAUUUGGAUUCUUGGCCUUCUACUGAAGUUUUGCUGCUUUACAACACUGCUGAGGAAAAUAUGGAAAGAGGUAUGCAGAUGUGGGAGGAGGCAGAGGAGCAGCGUCUGAGCGAACUAUCGCGUCCCAACAAAAUGCCUUCGCAGAAGAUGAAGCCGGAGAAUUUGUUCAAAGGAAUAUCCACAGAUGAAGCUACUGAGCAAGCUGCAAACAUGAGGUCUCAGAUAAAUUUACUAUGGGGUACGAUGCUAUAUGAACGAUCACUUAUGGAGUUCAAACUCGGGCUUCCACUCUGGGAAGAAUCUUUGGAGGUUUCUGUUGAAAAAUUUGAAUUGGCUGGAGCUUCUGCAACAGAUAUUGCUGUUAUGAUAAAAAAUCAUUGUUCCAACAGUACUGCAACAGAAGGGCUGGGAUUCAAUAUUGACGAGAUUGUACAGGCAUGGAAUGAGAUGUAUGAAGCAAAACGGUGGGAAAGAGGCGUUCCUUCUUUCAGGUUGGAACCAUUGCUUAGGCGACGAGUUUCCAAGCUGUAUCAUGCCCUUGAAUUAGCAUAAGUUCUUGUUAUGGUGUCAGGGGAGUCAAGAUUGAAACUCGAUGUUACUGCUGUUGUUGCACCCGGUCUACACUUAUGCUCACUGGGAAGGGACUGUAUGUGCAUCAGCUGUUAAUACAGGUUUUGGAAGAUGGACCUUGUGACACUUAGAAUUGUGCAUUACCUGUUUUUGUUCCACCAAAAUAGAAAAAGAAAGAAAUUUUUUUCCUCUUUUCAUUCAUAUAGAGAUGAAGAGGCAGAAAUCUGUUUUUCUUUAUUUUUGCCUUGUCGUCGUUGUCUUGCCCAAUGCUGUGGUUCCUCAAGAACCAGCAGCGCGAAUCGCUUUAUCAGUUUUCAGUUGUUCUCCUUUUGGAUCAUGGAAGGGUCCUAAAGGCAUUCUUUUCUUAUAGAAAUUUCUUUGUUAGGAGAAACUUUCAUGGCUUGGACUAUUUUUUUGUCAGUUGGUUCAUAUAGGGUUUUAGAUAAGAGUUUUCUUGUAUUGUAUUAAGGUAACAUUAUGGGAGUUAAUUAUGUACUUUACUGUUGUUUGUGUGA